CCGAACAUAAAUCCGGUCUUCCCCUCUCUCUCUCUCUCUACUUCUUCCUCGUCGUCUUCCAUGGCGUCCACCCGUGAGGGCCACUACAGAGGAGUGAGAAAGCGGCCGUGGGGCCGCUACGCCGCCGAGAUUCGCGACCCGUGGAAGAAAACCCGCGUUUGGUUGGGCACUUUCGACACCCCGGAAGAAGCCGCCUUAGCCUACGACGGCGCCGCCAGGUCCCUCCGGGGAACCAAGGCUAAGACCAAUUUCCCUCUUCCGCCCUUCGUCCCGCCUCCGCUUCCGCCGCCGCCGUCCUUCCCGCUGGAUCUAAACAACCUCCCGUCCGACCAACACCUCCGCAGCUAUUGGCCUCCGCCGCCUGGCCGCCGCUUCAUGAUUGGAGAGUUCCUCCAGACCUGUGUGCCCAAGGCGGCCUUCGUGCACCCGCCUCUGCCUCCCCUGAAGGUAGUGGGUGCCGCCGCUGCCUCCCCUACUCCGGCAGCCGAACACGGCGGCGAGGCGAACGUGUUUGCAGCCGUUUCCAGGCGCGGCCUGCCGAUCGACUUGAACGAGCCACCGCCGAUGUGGAUGUAACGUUUCGUGUGCAUUUUCUCUACUCUAUUUUUCACUUCUCAUGGGAGAAGAUCCCGGCCCGAAUAUUUGUGAAAAUGAUUAUGAUGAAGAAUUUUCUGUAUAUAUUUUUGUUUUCAUGGAUGAUGAUUUUGGUAAUGACUAUUUUAAUUCUACAACUUUAUUUUUGUUGAUUCCUCGCUAUUAGCAUAUUAUUACUGUGUAUUUUUAUGCCUUGACCAAUUAAUUUUGCCCCGAUUU